ACACACACAGAGCUAUAAAAGGCUGAGGGUCACCUCAUACCUUGUGCACAUCCUACACCUCUCAUACACUUAGACACAACAUCCCAGCUUCAACAUGCCGGCUGAUCACAAUGGGACAUGGGAGAUGGUCAGCAAUGACAACUUUGAGGAUGUCAUGAAGGCCUUGGAUAUUGACUUUGCCACUCGUAAGAUUGCAGUGCACCUCAAACAGUCUAAGGUCAUUGUGCAGAAUGGAGACAAAUUUGAGACCAAAACGCUCAGUACCUUCAGAAACUAUGAGGUCAACUUCACCAUUGGGCAGGAGUUUGAGGAGCACACCAAAGGUCUGGACAACAGAGUGGUUAAGACCCUGGUGACAUGGGAUGGUGAUAAAAUGGUGUGUGUGCAGAAGGGCGAGAAAGAGAACAGAGGCUGGAAGCAAUGGAUUGAAGGAAAUCUGCUACACUUGGAGAUUCAUUGUCAGGACAAAAUCUGCCAUCAAGUUUUCAAGAAGAAAAAUUAACGCGCCCUAAAUAAGCAGAUGUUCACUCCUAGGUUUGAUGUUGUGCUGUAUAUAUUUAUUAAAGGAAUUUUAAUAAACAGCUUCAACCAAAC